UUUAAACUCUGAUUUCAAAUAUUAUUUUGUUUAAAUGAAGUUUAACCCUGCACUGACAAACACUAACAACUUAGACCUGCUAUUGUCUAUCAAUAUUUAGCUGUUUAUUUUCUCUUAUUCUUGCCUGCUGGGGUCAAUUCAAGUUGUUUCUUGAUUUGUACUUCUAUGUGUUUCCUGCGUAUCUGAAUGAUUUUAAUGUACGUUUAUAUGUGAUGUUUGAAUCCAUUUCUCAUUUGACUAAAAAACACUCAAGUAAACUUUUGUGAAAAUGUUUCUGUACAGCUCUAGAGCACAUUAGUUGCAAAUUAUGCAACCCUUGUGGUGAGUUGUGUAAAGUUCAAAUGCUGUCUAUAGAUACAAGUGUUACUUAAUAUUCUGUGAUAAAAUUCAUAAUUUUGCUAGUAUUUUCCAGGUAUUGUAUCAGGUGCCAUUCUUCAGCUGAGGGCUGAAUUCCAGCUGGACUGCACUAAUCAAGAAAUGGUUGUUAGCUCCAUGCUGAUGGGAGCUGUGCUGGCUUCACUCACUGGAGGAUUUAUUGUAGAUUUUAUUGGGAGACGCCUAGCAAUUGUCAUCAAUUCUGUAGUGUUCCUGGUUGGAGCCAUAAUGUUGGCAUUGGCACCAUCAUUUGCAGUGCUGAUUGUUGGCCGUUUCAUCGUUGGUUUUGGGGUGUCCUUGUCUGCCAUUGCGGAGUGCAUUUACAUCUCUGAGAUAGCUCCGGCAAAAAGGCGUGGCUUGCUGGUGUCACUCAAUGAAGUUGGCAUCUGUGUUGGUCUGUUGUUGGCUUACUCAGUUAAUGUUCUCUUCAUUGAUUUAUCAAAUGGUUGGCGCUACAUGUUUGGGCUGUCAGCAAUCCCGGCUUUCAUUCAAGGCGUUGGCAUGUUCUUUCUGCCACAAAGUCCCAGAUGGCUCAUAGCAAAUGGACAAGAUGACAAGGCUUGCAGAAUGAUUAAGAAGCUACAAUGGUCAGGUGACCCAUAUGAGGAACUUACAAGAAUCAAAUCUGGCCUUAGAGUGGAAUAUCGUUACAAGUUCACUGACUUGCUCAGUAGCAUAGAUAACAUGAGAAGCAGAAUGUUCGUCGGUGGUGGAGUCGUCUUUUUUCAACAAUUCUCGGGUCAGCCAACUGUGGUUUAUUACGCAUCAACGAUCUUCCAAGCGCUUGGUUUUCAGAGCGGAGAAAACGCCACCUUAGCCAGUUUGGGAAUUGGCAUCGCUAAGCUUGUUGCCACAGUAAUAUCCCUCAGUUUUGUGGACAGAGGAGGUCGCCGCCGGUUUCUCCUCAUUGGAGUAUCCAUAAUGGCUGUCAGUAUACUAGUAUUAGGAACCAUUGCUCACUAUAUAUCGCUUGGACAUCCAACAAGAGAGUGCCACUUUAAUAUGACCACACCACUCCAAUCUUCAAAUUCACCUUCAAGUCCCAGUUUACCGCAUAUCCUCACUACCACAGCUCCAACGCGCUCAAUUAUGAAUUCAACGUAUAUUUCGCGCACUUUGCCUACAGUAAACUCUACAGUAUCGUUAAACCAGACGGAAUCAACAGCGAUCACAGCUAACAAAGGUCUGCGUUAUUUCACUCUCUGCGCUCUUGCUCUGUUUGUUGGGGCCUACUCGUUCAGUUUUGGACCAGUAUCUUGGUUGUUGUUAAGUGAAAUAUUUCCAGCUGGUAUCACAGGCCGGGCAUUCUCCAUUGUCACUGUGCUCAACUGGGGAACCAACCUGCUGGUCUCUCUCACAUUUCUGGACAUGCUCAGCAGCAUUGGAACUUCGUCCACCUUUAUUUUCUACGCAGUGAUAUGCAUUGUAGCUGUACUUUUCAUUUAUAAAUACGUCCCUGAGACGAAAAACAGAACACUGGAACAAAUAUCCGCUGAGCUGAACGCCAGAAAACCUCGACAAAUCCUUCCAAAGAAACUCAAUUGCUGUAAGAAGGGAGGAAGACGAAGAUUAAGGGAAUCGAGGCCCAGACCUUCACCGAGUGGAUCUACUUCUGAUAUGCUCCUUGCCAAUUCUGGCUGACUGCAGUUUUCCUAACCCAAGCUCUGAUCGCAGGGUCUCUUUAAGCAAGACUGCUAAUCUAAUUUAUAGUCAAAGUAGGAACGUUGAAUAGCCUUGUUGUAACAGAGUAACAUGACAAUCUGGCGAGUACCCUCACUUUGAUACAGUGUGAUCCUCCUUGAAUGGACUGGCCCCUGAUUACAUUAGAGACCUACUGCGAUUUAACAUUUCUGGUCGGACACUAAGAUCUUCAAACAACAGGUUGCUUGAUGAACCUAGAGCAAAUCUUAAAACGUAUGGUGAAAGGGCUUUUUCCGUGGCGGCACCAAGGCUCUGGAAUAAACUACCCCUCCAGAUCAGACUUUCA